CGCCCCUUGUUGACCAUACUGUCAUUUUGAAUCCAUUCGACGUUUCCAAGACUCGGCAUUGUCCUCGGAAGCUGUCAGGAACUGAAUUGAAGAGCAACGCUUGACACAGCAUUUCCCUUGGCUUUUCCAACAAGUUUGCCAGUGCCCACCGAUCUUUCGAAAUCCACUCAUCCGACUGGCGAAUCGCAACGAUGGCAACCUCAGGCAACGCUGGAGAAAUGGAUCCAGAUGCGGAAUCCACCGAGAACCUUGUUGCAAAAUUCCAAAUACUCGCAGCGGAGGGAGACCUUCUCGCACAGCGUGGCUCCUGGGCUGCUGCCAUCGAUGCCUACACGAAAGCUCUAGUCAUCCGACCUGCCGACAAGCACUGCCUUGUCUCCAGAUCUCGAUGUCACAUCAACGCUGGCAAUGGCAAGCCUGCUCUGGAAGACGCCGAGCUGUCAUUGGAGGUCGAUUCCGAGUUCUUCAAGGGGAUUUACCAAAAGGCGGAAGCUCUGUAUGCCAUUGGUGACUUUGAGACGGCGUUAGUCUUCUACCACCGCGGCAACCGGCUCCGACCAGAACUAGAUGAGUUCAGAACCGGAAUACAGAAAGCUCGCGAAGCCAUCGAAAACGGUAUCGGAAACCCAAAAGAAACACGAAUCACAGUUCCCCAAAAUCUGCGCAAGCAAUUGGCGGCGGCGGCGGCUGUCGAAGCAGAAGCAGCAUCAGAUCCCUCGAAUCGUAAAGCGAACGCCAAAGACGGAGCGGUCCGCGGAGCUCGAAUGGCCUUCGCCCAACACCCGCAAACGAAAGAUGCGAGCGGCCACCUAUCCCCAGCCUUCGAAAACAAACUGCUCGGCGAACUGUACAAAGACAAAAUGUACAUGGAGGAGCUCUUGUCGGAUCCAGACUUCACUGAUUGCCCAGACGAGCAAGUCAUGAGUCUCGUGACGGAGGGCAUUCGGUACCUGCAAUCCCGCAUCGAUUUUUGGAGGCAGCAGAACCCAUUGUACGCUAGACCGAAAGAGAAGCGCAUUCGGCCCCGGAUGGACAAGGGUGGGCUGAAAGCGAGGUCUCGAUCGCCAAACGAUAGAAGUGGCACAGCUGGAAAGGAUGCGCCAGGGAAAGAACAAGAAAAAGAACUGCGGCGGACUAAGGCUGAGUCGGGGGCGCAGAAGGGGACACCUAAGGGUGCUAGAUCGAGUGUUCCCGCGAGUUAAAGAUAUCUUCCGUCCUCCCGUGCCGGACCUACAAAUGUACCUUUAGUGUAGCCAACGAUAUUGUAAGCAUUGUGCGGGGCAAAUGGUCUGGUAAGCAGAAUGCAGGAUGCUGAUUAAUUUCAAUGAUAGCCGACU